CAGCAUGGCGAGCACGGAGGAUAAACCGGCCAACAAGGCGGACACGUCCAGCUGGAAGGACUCCUUCUACAACCCGAGGACCGGCGAGGUUUUGGGGCGCACGGCCGGCAGCUGGGUGGAGAAAUGCAGACGUUACCUGUCGAAUGCUGCAGCUUCAUCCGUAAACAUGAUGAAAGUCAGCUCACUUUUUCUUGAAGAGUAGCCAGCCUUUCCCCCUUGAUCCAAAAUGGCUUCCCCUACAGGGGAUAGAGCACUCAAAUGAGGAGACGAUGAGAGGAAUGGAUUGUUUAGUGAGUGUGUCUGUGGCAGGUAAUAAAUUAGCCAUAACUUUUCUCUUUGUGUUGGUCCCAUCUUGCCUCCCCCGACCCCUACCCCCACCCUCGUAGCUCUCAUCUUGUUGUUCUACUUGGUGUUUUACUGCUUCCUGGCCGGUAUGUUUGCCCUGACCAUGUGGGUGAUGCUGCUCACCCUGGAUGAGAACAUGCCCAGGUACAGAGACCGCGUUCCUUUCCCAGGACUGGUCAUCCUUCCCAACUCUCUGGACAUUGCUUUCAACAAAUCCGACCCGCUGAAGUAUGCACAGUACGUGGAAAACCUGGAGUCAUUCCUGCAAAAGGAUUACAACGACACGGAGCAGGAGAAGAACCUGGACUGCCCAGAAGGGGAGUAUUUCAUGCAGGACGAGGAGGUGGAAAAGAAAGUGUGCCGCUUCAAAAGAGGCUACCUUAGCUUCUGCUCUGGCCUGUCCGACACGAACUUUGGCUACUCUGACGGAAAACCAUGCGUGCUUCUGAAACUCAACAGGAUCGUCGGCCUGAAGCCUCUCGGGGACCCUUACAUCAACUGCACCAUCAAAAAGGACCAUCCAGUGCAGAUGCAGUAUUUCCCAAGAAAGGGACGCAUCGACAAGAUGUACUUCCCCUACUACGGCAAGAAGGCCCAUAUGAACUACGUUCAGCCCCUGGUUGCCGUCAAGCUGCUGCUCACCAAGGAGGACUACAACAAGGAGCUGUCGGUGGAGUGCCGGGUGGAGGGUUCUAACCUGCGCAAUAACGACGAGAGGGAUAAGUUCCUGGGUCGUGUCACCUUCAGGAUCAAGGUGGUGGAGUAGAGAAGAAAAAGAAAAAAAGGGAAUUUGCCGGUCAAAAGGAAACCCCCAACCCCUUAUGCCAGUGUGGAAGCUGCCCACGUUCGCUAAGGAAGGAAGUGUCAAAUCCCUCUCAAGACAGCAUUCGGGAUGAGGCAGAUUAGUCUGGCCCGUAGUCGGAGAGCCACUUACGAAUGUUGCUUUGAUGACAUGAAUGACCCUUCUUUCCUUCAAGAUUCCUUGCUGACCUCCGCAAAAGAUCCCAAGAGAACAAGACACAGGCCGUGCUCCUGAUCCAUCCUUUCCACCUGUUGCACAAGUCACCGCAGCCCCUUUGCCCUCGUUCGGUUCCAUUUCCAUAUGAUUAGCUCAACUUUUAGCCAACGCAAACGAGCCAUUUGGGAGCUGUUGUGUUAUUGCCGAUGCAAUACGAUUAUAUAAUAUUAGAUUAGAUUUUGUAGAUCAGGGGUGUCAAACUCCUGUUUGUCCUGGGCUACGUCCUAAUUGUGGAUUCUAAAGCCGUUAUGGCUGUGAAAAAUGUAUAAACAUAAAGAUCACAUCACAUUAUUACAUAUACAUAAAUGGAUAAUCCUUUGAUCGGUAAUUUACUGAAUCCACACUACUCACAAAAGGCUGGGGUGGAUUCUGGCCUUUUGAGUGAAAUCUCACGAUGAAGCUGAAAUGCGCUAGAACCUCGACAGGUGAACUUAAUUUCACCUUCUCUAAACUUCUGAAUGUCCAAAUAUAAACGUUUUAGUACUUUUUGCACAACUUGCUGUUGUCUAUCAAAGAAAUGAAAGGCAAACUUCACAUCAGAUGUUUUUCAAGGACGUCCACUUCGAGGCCUUUCUGUGACUCUUCCAGUCUCUCCCGCAAUGGCGAGGCUUCAGAUUGGAUAGUAGUGCGACUUGUUGCAGUGUUCUAGUGAAUUGUAACGAUCAAUUGCGAUCAAUUAGAUUCUUCAACAAAGAGCUACUCCAGUUCUUCUGAUCUAGAACACUAACGAAAGGUGCUGGCCUGAAGAGUUUUCAUUGAAGAUAUAAAUAUCGUUGUUUGGAACCUUCACUCGGCCAGACCUGCACGUCGCCAAUCGUCUGAGAGAGAAUCGGUGGCGCAAGUUCCGUUAUUGUAUUUAUUGCACGUCCUUUCCUGGUUCUAGUGCAUUUCCAGUUCAUCUUGAAAUUUCACCAGGAAGUCAAUACAUCCCCAACUUUUGGUUUGCUGUUCAAAUCAAAGAAAAGGUGGAACUUUGGCCCAGUUUAAAAAAAUUCAAGUCCAUUCCGCAAGUAAAAAAAGUAUUUACUUAUGUGGUGUCCCCCAGGGCUUUGAGUCGAGCACCUUUCAAUAGAUCUUCUUUCAUCCCCGGAAGAGAGCAGUGUUAUUUUCAUCCCCUUAAAGCCGUAUAGUAUACUAACGACAGCAUGAAAGCUGGUCUAUUUCUUUGUGUGUGUGUGUGUGUGUGUGUGUGUGGUGUGUGUGUGUGUGUGUGUGUAUGAAAGUGUCACAUAUUGCACCACAAGGAAUCCAUAUGUUGAUAAUAUAAUAUAGCCACUGUAUUCCUGUAUAUUGAAAAAAAUAUUCCCUUUCGACAUAUAAAUUCAUAGUGAUCAUUAGGGUAUUUAGGGAAUAAUAGAUAUACUAUAUCUUUGUGUUGGGGCGCGCGUCGCCGCAACCUAGUCUCGUGCCGUCUGUCUUGUCUGUCUGCAUGUCCGUCUGUCUGUUUGUCCGUCUGUCCGUCUUCCUGUGCGCUCGCCUCGCAUUGCAAUAGCCAACGUGUGGGUGAGACCUUCAGGAUUUGAUACGUUGUCUUGCUCCGAUGUUGCGGGAAGCGCUUUUGAGCAUUUAUUCCAUAUCCUCGUUGACCCUUCGGCCUCACUAGUAAAACGAGUCGGGAUGUUUUUUUUUUUUUUUUUCUACUACUACCUUCCACUACUUUCUGACAUUUUUGCACGCUAGUGGAUAGAACAGCUACAUGUUAGAAAUGAGGCAAAACUCUUAGUGGACAUUUUUUUUCUUACUAAGUUUGACAUGUGCCAACUAGUUGGGCUUAGUAGUGAUAGUAGUGCAGCACAGUAGUUUACAAUGAAGGCUUGUUUGUUUCCUAGUAGGACAAAAGCGGCAACAGUAGCGGUAAAAAUGUUACUAGUAAGUCGUUCACUCUUUGCACUACUAAUACAAUUCAGUUCAUUAGUAGAAUGACUAUGUCUAACUUUUUUCACUACAGCUGUUUCUGCACUCUACUGUAGUAGGACAACUACAUCUCACUAGUGAGGCAAAACUAAUAAUGGGCAUUUUGGUGCUACUAGUAGGAUCCCGGUGGUACUAGUGCAUGACUAUGAGUUGGGCCUUGUAGUGUUACUAGUGCAGCACAACAAUUUACUAGUAAAUUGCAUACUAGCGGGCCAAAUGUGACAGUCGUUGAAAAAAAAAAAAAAAAACAGUACAAGUAAGACAGUCAUUCUAUCACUGAGGCCACAGAGGGUACUAGUAGUAUAUCUAGACUUGAACAUGAAGGACAUGGAAUCAAUGCUCACCGUGUUUUCCCACAGAUGCAAGAUGAGGAGACAAACACGCACACACACAAAAUACACUGUAAAUUGCUUGGAAAUGAGAGAAGGUGCGUUGAGAGAAACGAGAAAAAAAAAAGAGAAAUAAAAAGCAUCGCAAAGUUCAGCAUUACCAGUAAGUAUGUGCUAAAUAUCGCUAUGUGAGCUCGAGAUCUCGCCGGGUCUCCAAUAUUGUUUGUUAGUUUUCUCUCUUCUUCAGCCCGUUGAUCUGAUUGUCUGCCAGUCUAUUACUCUUACUCAAUGUAUAUAUACCGUAAAACACUAUCGACCAUAUUUACUUCAUUCGCACUGUAUUUUUGUCACAAAAAAAACACAAUGUCUGUGGAUUGUAAAGAAAUAAUUUAAAGAUUUACAGGAAAUGGAUCUUAUUCAAAGCUAUGUUUACAACAGUGUUUAAAGGAACCCACGUUUGAAAGAACAACAUGUAACAUCUUCUCAGGGUGCCUUAAAACCUGAUGAAAUCAAUUGUGGAAUAAAAGUGAUU